AUGGGAUACCCACUAAUUCUGAAAGCAACAGUUAGCAGGAUCAGAAAAACCAGUAGAUUUGUGAUCAGAAGAGCUGACUUUGAAAAGCUCUACCUCAAAACUGACCUUAGUCAGCCAGUGGCACUACUUACAGACCGCAGACUGAAAGGCAAGAGUGAUGGUCUUCUCUUUCCAUCUGCCUGUCUCAUAGCACUGCCCAUGUGGCAGGUAAACCCAAGUAAUGAUUUGGAAUCAACCACUGAAAUUUCUCUGGGUUGGGCCUCAGAGACUGUUGGGCCUAACGGAGGCCCUGAAGAGACUUUCAGAUGA